UGUCGAUUCGGAAUAUGCCAUGCUUCUGACAAGAAGGGUUGCUUAUGGUGCAACUGAAGCUAUAAGGUAUCCAAGUGAUGAUUUUGAUAGGAUUUGGGAUGCAGUGGAGGUUGGCAAUGGACUAGUAAAAGUCACAACUGAUGCACAAACUAUUGAUACAUCUGUGCCUGAUCAGCCUCCUGUAGCUGCUUUCCAGUAUGGAAUAACAACCUCAAAAACAUCUGAAGCAAUACUUCUGGUCACUGAUCUUCCACCCGUUGAAGUUCCCAUCUACAUCAUCAUGUACUUCUCCGAAGUAAACGAACUUGAUUCGACCCAAACCAGAUCCUUCGAGAUCUACAUCGACGGCAAGUCUCACUUCGACCCCAUUGUUCCAGUCUAUGGAAGUGUCGUUGAGAUGUCCAUUACCAACAUAAGUGCUUCUUCAAACACUUCCUUCUCUUUGGUGGCUACUUCGGACUCGACACUUCCUCCUUUGAUCAAUGCCAUGGAAGUUUAUUAUGUCAGCGGUCCGAUCACGGAUGGAACUGAUAGCAAAGAUGUGGCAGGUUUAGCUACGUUGCAAGAUAAGUUUAGCAUACUACAGGAAUGGACUGGUGACCCAUGCCUCCCGUCCCCAUUUACAUGGGAUUGGGUCAAUUGUUCUGCUGACGACACACCCCGCGUCACAGCACUCUAUCUGAGUGGCUUUGGUCUCUCUGGGCAACUCCCAGAAUUCAGCUCCUUGGAUGCUCUUCAGACAAUAGACUUGCAUAACAACAGCUUGAGUGGAUCCAUUCCUGAUUUUCUUGGCGCCUUACCUAAUCUAAAACAAUUGAAUUUGGCAGACAAUAAACUCAGUGGACCCAUACCAACCACAAUUUCAAACAAUAACAAGCUGAAGUUAGUGUCAUCAGGCAACCCUAAUCUGUGUGCCUCUGGUGGGUCCUGUAAGACAAUAGUUGAUAACAGUGGAGGUCCUUCUUCUGGUAGCAGCAGCAAGAAGAAAAGCAGCAAGCUACCAUUAAUUCUUGGAAUUGCAAUUCCAGCUUUCUUUGUUUUCUGGGUUAUUGUGGUGAUCUUUGUCUGUUCUAUGAACCAAAGUAAAAGGAGAAGAGCAGCUGCCAUAGCAGCAACCAAUGCAGGACAAAACAGUGGGCCCAAUAUGCCUAAUGGCCCACCACUACAAGGAGCACCAAUGAACCCACAGAUGUUGGGUAAAUUUGGAGAAGUUAUGAUGAAUCAGUUUGCAGGCGAUGAUGAAGACCGAGGAACACCAGAGCAAGGAACACCUGAGCAAAUUAGAAAUCAACAGGUUGAAGAAAGGCCACUACAGUAUUGAGUUGCUCAAGUUCCCUUUUGUUUAUAUAGUUGUUGUUGAGCCAAAAUUGUAUCCAUGAUUAGUUGUGUUUGAAAUUUCUUAAAUAUGUUUUCCCCCAAUGAUCCAC